AUGGCGCUGAAAGAGUUGUUGCCAAACGUAGACAGAAUUUUGAACUUGACGUUCGAAGACAUUUGGAAAGCCAAUUAUCCCAAUGAUAAGUGCCCCAUGAAUGUCGAAGAUAUCCCCAAGGAGUUCGAGUAUCGGAAGGAAAAAAUUCUCAAAGACAUUUUCUCCGAGGUUGGGUCAUUAUCUGCUUUGUUGUCAAAAGGUAUUCGUCAGAUGUCUGGGCUUAAUGGCUCUAGUCAGGCUGGAAAGGCAUUCGGCCAUCUUUCCACGUUGAGGCAAAAUCCGGAUUCAUUGUUUCAUUUCGAAAAUUUUUUGACAGGAUAUGCUCACGCAAUUGCACCGAAUUUGGACAGCCGUUGUGAGAGAAAUCGCAAAGUCAAAAAAGCCAUCCAGAGCUUGUAUGAUGCAAUAGCUCCCAACGUGGAUGAAGUUGGUCUCUUGACUAUGGGUCAACAGCUGACACACAAAUCUUUGAAAUUCGUUUAUGACAUGAUGAAAAAAUGCGGAGUCAAAAUAUUUGGAAGUACAUCUUCUAUCAGUACUUCGAGAGCCAAGCAGAAGAAGCUUGUGACUGACAUGGUGGACGGAAUCAAUGAACUUCCUGGCGGACAUGGUGCUUCCAUUCUCAAAUUGCUCGAACUGUUGUUCAUGAAGCUUGCGCGAGAAGAUCCAAACAUGUACCUUGUAGAAUUCUUGGUGCUUUCCCUCUGUUUCGAUAGCACGAGAUUGGGAUCAUCAGCUCAGUCAGGUACAGAACAGACAGAGUUUGCAAUGAAUCUCAUAGCUGUGUGGAACAAGGCGGUUGACGUUGCAAACUCUAUGUUUGACCAGGAGACCAGAAUGAAUUCGCCUGCUUCAUAUAUCUCUUUCUUGUUGUUGUACCUGAAGGACACUAUCGAGAAUAUUGACAAGAAUCUGUGGAAUGUCUAUGGUUUUGAUUUGAAAAGCAUCUUGAAGGAUCUGUUUGUCACUUGUGAGAACGGAGAGAUCAAGAAAAUCAAAGCUGGACUUCACUUCUACAAGGACAAAGAUGGGGUUUUGAACUGCAUUGGGGGACGUGAUAGAACAGCCAGUGAUCCGAAUUCCACACCUGAUCUCGUCAUUGAAAUAGAAAUUGAUUUUCGUGGGGAUUUGAAGGGAUUUUGGGAUCUCAUGGGGAUGUCAGGUGGUGGCAGCCAAAAGAAUCCUGACCACGCCUGUUGCUUGUAUUGCAAAGUGAAGAAUGGGGAGCGCCAUUGCAUCUUCGACAUCAACGAAGUUGCAACUGAAACCACAGUAGAUGAGUUUUGCAAGGACAGAUCUCUCCGACCAGAUGUGUUUUGGCUGAUGCAGGACGUGGUGAUGGAUGGUGGCAAAAACAACAUCGUUGAUACGUGCAUGUUUGAUGGGAAAAGCUUGAACAGACAAGAUAUUACAAAGAUCAGAUCCAGCAAGACCUCCGGCAUGUUGAAGAAGGGCCAAAAGGUUGUUGUAUUGAAACAAGACCAUGGAAUGUCUCGGGAUCAUGAAAAGUUGUCAGAUAUCGGGUUGACAUGUAUGUGCCUCGUUCUUUGUAUGUUACAUCUCAAGAUGAGGAUUGUUCACUGCGCCUUGAAAAGUAUUUUCUUCACGGCCAAGAAGAAAAAGAGGAUCAGUGCCGCACAAAGUAUCCUACACAAGAGUGGAAUCAACUACAAGCUUGAGCUCAAUGACAAGAAGCAACUUCCAAACAUGACAGGGAAACAGUAUGAUGACUUGAUGAAUGUGGCCAUGGGACCUCUCUUGAGCUUACUCCUGAAAGCGUUGAAACCUUAG